UCUUCGUCAACUAAGUUUCUUCACUCUCCACUUCAUAAUAUCAACUUCAUUUAAACAAUUAGAAAAAACAAAUUAUACAUGUAUCCACAAACAUAAAGAAUAUUAAUUGUUUAAGGAAAAUAUAUUAUUUAGAAUAUUAAAUAUACCGGGAAAGUAAUUAUAUGUGUCUGGGCGGGUACCCAUGGGUCGGGUUUACCUAAACCCAAACCCAACCCGACCCGGUGAAUAGUGUAGCGGGUUUAAAUCCGAACCCGGCCCAAAACCCGUCAACACAGAUUUUACCCGCGUUGACCGGGUUGGGUCGGGUGGGUACCCGUGGGUUCUGGUUUUGUUGCCAUCCCUAAAUACGACGACCGGAUCAUUACAAAGCUACACUCAAUUACUGGAAUCCAGAUCAUACUUCCUUUUUAUUAAAACUACAAAUUAUCUACAAUCGAAUACUCUCUCUUCGUUAUCUCCCCUUCUCCUCUUAUUAUUACUAACUCAUUAACAUUUUUUAUUUUAUUUUUCGACUUGUUACAUAAUGAUUCUAAUUAAUCAAGCAUCCACAGUCUUUCCAACAGUUUUUGCUUCAGCGAUAACAAACUCCGGCUGAUUCAUCACCUUCCCGUUGACUCCAUCCAAUGCAUUGGCUCAAUAGGCAAAAUUUUUGGACCGCUAGUAUUGUUUGGACCUGAGAAACGACAGUAAGCUGAUCAGCCCAAGCCCACGAUAGAUUAUGAUAAUCGAUAAAUCCAUAUGGAGAGUGAGGCACGUACUUACCAGUAAUUAAUCACAGCUUAAGAAAAUAAAUUCGAAAAAAUAAAUGACAGCUGUGGGAUUUGAACCCACGCCCUUUCGGACCAGAGCCUAAAUCUGGCGCCUUAGACCACUCGGCCAAACUGUCGUACAUUGUUAAUAUGGCAAAUUUACUAAUCCUAAUCGUAAUUGGGUUUUAAGUAUCUAUUUAAGAAAACAAAUCCAUAAAACACGUUUGUAAGGUAAGGCUUUCUUUCUCGUCUAUUUACCAAAAUAAAAACAAAUAGAGUCGCAAUAAAUUUAUCUCGAAUGCCUUACUGAUAUUCCGCGUUAAAAUUGUAGCAGAACGGUGAAGAUUUACCUCCAUAAGCCCAAGCCCAAUUGGAGUACGUCUAAACAAAUAUAUACGCUGGGUAUGGGCUUUUGUUGGGCCAAGCCCUCACCGACCUUUUGUUAUUACCCGACCCGGACACAAACUCGGAGAAUAACAACUUUUCCCGGGGCUAGUUCAGCCAAUUCAGCUCGACACUGUAAGUCUAUAACGAUCUUUUUCUGGAAUUCUCCCGAUCGGCCGAUUUCCGAUUCUCCGCUGGAUUGUAAUUAGGGAUUGGCGAUUUAGGUUUCCGGCGAGAGGCAAGAAAUAAAGUGCUACCUCUCCGACGAUGGUUUGCGGCAAGUGCGAGAAGAAGCUGACGAAGGUGAUAGUUCCGGAUAAAUGGAAGGAAGGAGCUUCCAACACCUACGAAAGCGGCGGCCGGAAGGUCAACGAGAACAAACUCCUCUCCAAGAAGAACCGAUGGACACCUUAUGGAAACACCAAGUGCACGAUCUGCAAGCAACAAACACACCAAGAGGCCAAGUACUGCCACACUUGUGCCUAUACCAAAGGAGUCUGUGCAAUGUGCGGUAAACAAGUCUUGGACACUAAGGCUUACAAACAGAGCAAUGUUUAAGUAGAUGAUCCAGACCUUGCAGACCGAGUUCGACAAGCUGAAGCGAUGUAUUAGUCAAA